CACGUGGACUUUCAACCCACCAAACCCCGACUUACGCCUCCCUCCCACCAAAAUCCUCUCGACGACCACAUCUGCUCGACCGCCAAACCUCUCGACGCCAUCCCAUUUUCGCCAAAUCUUUGGUCAGCGCCCUAGCAACGAUUAAUCGAAGAUACCGAAGAGUUAAUCUUUGCAAAAUCAGUCAAGAUGGUUCUCGCCGUUGACCUUCUCAACCCCAGCCCUGCUGCUGAGGCCAAGAAGCACAAGCUCAAGACCCUCGUCCCCGCCCCGAGGUCCUUCUUCAUGGACGUCAAGUGCCCGGGCUGCUUCACCAUCACCACCGUUUUCUCGCACGCCCAGACCGUCGUCAUCUGCCAGGGCUGCACGACCGUCCUUUGCCAACCGACCGGUGGAAAGGCCCGCCUGACCGAGGGCUGCUCGUUCCGGAGAAAGUAGAUGUAUCGCCAAUUCUAAUUUCUCAAAGAUAACGGGGUUCAAUAAAAAAAGGGUCAUGCCUGGGAUCAUACCUUCUCUUGCUCACUGGGAUUUCUUUUCUGUCUUGUCACGUCCCUCGGCGUCUAUCGGAGUUCUUACACUGCUUCGCGCCUUCUUCAUUUUUUCCAUGUCAUCAUGUUGAUACACACGAACCGGUCGUCUAUUUUUGGGGGAGGGGAAAAACAACCUUUUUUGCGACAACGACUGCACGGACAGGACUUCACGCCAAGAUCUGGUUAUGAAGUAGGUUGUGGGAUAGGAAAAGUAACAGGAACCCCUCUUUAAAAGCUUUCGUUUUUUACGCGAAUGAUUCCGGUUGCUAGCCUAAUCCUCCAUGAACAGUGCCGCUCCGAAUAGUACAAUGAUCAUGUUGAACCCUGAAACCUGAGCUCCCUUGUAACGCCAUGCUAAAGUGUCUCCGUCCUCUG